AUGUCCUUACUCAAAGCUUUUGACAAAGGACACUUCCAAGAUUUCCGUGAUUGUUGGAACGACCACUUUGGGGCAGAAACAGGGGAGGCAAUGCGAGUUCGACCAUUAGAGUUCUACUUACAGCUUUAUUUUAUUACUGUUAACUGGGAUUCAGACUCGGAGGACAAACGGAAGGAGCGCCUUCAGUAUUUUCGAGAAUUUCUAGACACAAAAGGCAAAGUACUGAGUCAGAUAUCCGAGUUCUUACCGUUCUUUGCAUUUCCAUACGUUGAAAAUCCAAAAUCGCACCCGGCGUACCGCGAAUUAUUCGAACCAGAAUGGACUAGUGAACUAAAGCGCAAAUUGACGUCUUUCCUUGAACCAUCGAAGGACAAUACGCGCCCACUGCCAAAGAUACUCUCUUUAACGUCUCCGCCUCAAGAAGUUCCAAAUAAUCAGGAAAAACAACUGCAGAACCGUCUCGCAGACGCUGAGCGACGAGUGGCCCAGUCUCAUCAGCGCUUCUCCAAGAUCCAGAAUGACUACCAGACCCUGUUGGGAAUCGCCACGGAUCUGGUGGACACACUAGAGGGAGCACUGCGAGGCGAUCACAUUGAGCCCACUGUGUUGCAGCAGAUCUGUUCACGCCUCGUCGCCUCUCAACGUGCUCCUGAUGGUGGCAGUGGUACCAGCAGGGGUGCAUUCGGAGACACCCUCGCACAGACUUGCUCCAAUCCCGCCAUUUUUAGCUAUGGUGACACGCUUCGGCAGUCGCUCUCUCUGCGACAGCCGCAGGAAAAUGGGGGAUGCCAGCAAGAAUGGGGGAAAAUGGAACUUGAUUUCGACAAAAUAAAUGACGCCCUAAAGGGUCAAAAUCAGACACAAAUCUGGCGACUCUUGCAAGCUCUUCGAUGGCGUCUAACAAAAACAAAUGUUGAGCUACGAGAGGUUUAUCUGACCGAGUUCAUUGGUCACGAUCUCCUUGAUCUAACCAUUUGGAGUGAUGACAGCCGUCGACAGCACCAUUUAGGCGUGCUUGAGCACUGCCUCUGUGGUAUCUCCCCUAAGAUCACCGAAACAACCUCCCGACUAGUCAACGCACUGGCUUCCCUCUCUCGUGGCCGCGCCUACCUCGCUCAGAACGUUGCUGUUGUCACUGUCCUGAGUCAGAAGAUUUUCCACCUUGAAGGUGGUCACGAAUCCCCCACGAGGGAGAACCUUAUUGGUGCUUUGCAGAAACUCAGUCUCAGGCGCUCUAUGCAAACAAAGAUGACUGACUUGGGCAUGGUUGAGUGGCUGGUGAACCUCCUCGAAGAUACGGAUGGACUAUCCGACUACACCCUCGAAUAUGCUGUUGCGCUUUUCAUGAACCUAUGCCUUCGAAGUGCAGGUAAGGCGCGAUGCGUCCCAAUGGCCGACCGAGUUCUCAAAGUUUUAACUGAUCUGAUUAGUCACGAGAACACCAACAUUCUCUCCUACGUAAACGGCGCCCUCUUUUCUCUUUUAACUCGACCUGAAAUACAGGCUGCUGCCGAAGCUAUGGAUUUGGAGGGCAUUUUGGCCUGUUUCAUGCGAGAGGAUCAACAAGAGUUGAAUCGCCAGUUUGAGUACAUCAUAAAACAGAUGCACACAAGUGCAUGCGAAUACGAUGAGGACGGUGCCUCCGAUAAUGACGACAAUGAUGAUGAUGAUGACGAUGAGGAGGAUGAGGCCCAAAUGGAAAGUGACAUAGAUCGCGGUGAUGACAUCACGGACAACAAAGAGAACUCCUUAGAGGGAUGUAUUAUGGGUGAGAAUCUGCUUAAGGAGCGAUUCUUAAAAAAACCAGCGACAGGAGGAGCGAGAGGCAAAAGGGGAGGGAGGUCUGGUGGCACCUCGCCACUGUCAAUGCCUCCACCAUCCUCGUCGCAACCGCUUCAACCAUACGGUGGUCACGUGCAUCACAACGAGAAUGAUGCGGUGCUAAGCAACAGCAUCGGUCUCCUCCGCCGACCGUCCACACCGAGUAGAAAGCGAUUUGCUAUUUCGCAGAUACCUAAGCCUGCCGUUACAAACAGGCAACAGAAUGCUCGGUCAGUUGAUCGCUUAGAACCACAACAAUCAAGAAAUCGUAGAGACUCCACGUCAACGAUCGAGUCAAAAAAGAAGACAAUUGAGAACCACCCAGAGUACCAGAAGGCCUUCAAUAGUCGACCAAAGCUGCUUCGCACACCGGAGCACAAACGCGUGACUUCUUCGUUAGACCCCAUCGAUGUUCGUGGAGGAGAGAGAGCCUCAAGAUCACGACCUGCGUCAGGUAAGUCGGUUUUCAUUAUAAAUGCACCCACUUUCUUUGAAGGUCGAACAACCAUGGAGUGUAACAAUCGGUGA